AUGGGGCAGCUGCACGCCCAGGGGAGCCUCGUGUCGAGCCUGAUCGGCUCAGUGAUGGCAAUCCGCAUAGCGAGACAUCUUCUCGCGUUACUUGCCGGUAUCUCGUGGAAUGCCAUGGACCCCAUCGGCACACCGCUCGCCGUUCUCGGAGGUCUCGCAUGGUGCUACAGCUUCGGCUGUGAACUCGUCAAAAGAUGGCACGUCUUCCAGGAGGCCGACUUCAGGAUCCAGGAACAUGCCCUCCAGCUCAAUGAUCACUGCAUACGGCUGGAUGAGCAGACAAAGGUCUUAGGACUAGUAUGGACUCGGCUCGAUGGACGACAUCAGAUGCAUUUCCACGACCUCACUCAGGCUCUUCAGAACAAUCUACGCUUAGCAUCCGACAGCCUGACGGGCGCAGAUCAACGCAAGCCACGCCGACUCCAACGUCUCAGGCGGAAAGCGAGUUUUGAGGCAAUGCGCUACACUUUCAUCUACGAAUCCGUUGAGGAGGCUAUCAGGAAGCUAGAAAGUUGGCACGCUCGGUUCGACUCAUCCUUUUUCCUCCUCACUCGCAUGGAUUUCAGCAUCGACUCACACAUCGGAGAACAGCAAAAUGCCCCAGGUCAGCCAGCUCAGACUCUUCGGCGGCUACAAAGUGCUGUCGGUACCAUCCCUAACUCAUCAGUCUCCCUCGCCCUCUAUGGGUCCCAACAGGUCCUUGUCGAUACCCUCAUUCCUGACUCUCAAGCCGAGCUCGACCGCACAAGCAAGUCCAUAUACGACCUAAGUGAGAUCCUCAAGCAAUCCGAGCCCACCUGCUUCAACGUCCUCAACUGCAUGGGCAUCCUCUAUCAACCGCCUUCCUCCGCCACCGCUUUUCAGCCGUCCUUCAAUCUCCUCUUCAGCAUCCCCAGCACCCUCCAGAAACCCACAUCUUUGCGCGCCUUCCUCCGCCGCACCAAAGACUCGGAUGUGCCACUCGACGAUCGCGUCGCCCUUGCCAAGGGACUAGCUAAGGGCAUGAUGUUCGUCCAUUCGGCCAAAUUCGUCCACAAGAACAUCCGCCCAGAAACCAUCAUCCUCUUCAGCGACACCAAGACCGGUGCUCGCGCUCUCGACAAGCCCUUCCUCAUGGGCUUCGAGCAGUUUCGCCCGGCUGACGGCUGGACGCAGCGCAAAGGCGACACCAAUCUGGAAAAGCAUAUCUACCGACAUCCCUCGCGGCAGGGCCUCUAUCCGGAAACGGACUACAACAUGCAGCACGAUAUCUACAGCCUCGGCGUGGUCCUGCUCGAGAUCGGCCUCUGGACGUCGGUUGUCGACUACCCUAGCAGCAAAGACGGGAAAGCACAGCCGCCGCCACCGAAGUUGCUUCCUUUUGUGGGGACGAAGGAGAUCCUAGCGGACACCAAUGAACGGCGGCGGGCGCUGGCGCUGAAGAAGCGCAUGACAGAGGCUGCGGGAUAUCUGCCGAGUAGGAUGGGGAGGAUCUAUACGGACGUGGUGCUCACGUGUUUGAAUUGUCUUGAUGCGGGCGACGAGAAUUUAUUUGGGCAGGAGAGCGAGUUUGACGACAAAGAGGGAAUUGCUGUGGCAGUGCGAUUUGCGGAGAUGGUGAGUCCUUAUGUUACCUGA